UAUUCUGAUCAAUUUCCCAAUAUGAUUAAAUUCUCAAUCAAAUUUUGCUUCUAUAAGAAAAGUAUAUAUAAACUCUUAUUUGGAGUCUCCACUAAAAAAGUAACAAUUAUAUUUUUAUACGGCUUUUAUGUUGAUUCCAUAAGACUUGUUAUUUUUGUAUGAUUUUCUAACGAUUUUUGUUGUUGUUUUGGUGGAACUCUUAAGGUUUUACAAAAUUACAUUAUACAUGUACAAAUCAUUCAGUACAAUCUCCAUUUUAAGAAUCGUUUCUUUACGUAAAGUCUUGGUUAUAAUGAUAAUUAAUGUUUUUUAUAACUAGUGUUCUUUUGAAGAUCCAAUGCGUUGUCGGUUCCAGUAGUGGGGAAGUCCCCAAAUUCUGCGAUCGAUUUUUUUCUUUUAACCAUUGGUAUAUUACUUUUUAAUAUUCCUUUGCCAUACGUUUACAUCUUACUAAAAUAUGCCUUAUACGAUCUAUGAUUACUGGUAUUAUAAAAAUUCAUAAUAGUUACCAUCCGUUUUUAAUUAUGUUUAUUCUUAAUGCAAAAGAACAACAAAAUCCCACCUUAGGACAAUGAAGUGACCUUUGGGCAAUAAUUUUAUCCGUAGUUGUAAUAGAAUCAUGUACGACGAGUGAAAAGAGCUCCUGAGUUCAUUUAUUCAGAGAGAUAUCUAGCUAGGAUUUUUUUGGUCGAACUUUUAAUGGUUUUUGUUCUUGACGCCGCUAAAGAUUAUAUGAUUCUGUAAAUUAAUGGAGUCAGUUAUUGAUUGGUUUAAGACACUAGUAACAUAAACCAUAUUAGUUAUAAAUGUCUUAAUACAACACGAGAGAGAGCGCUUGCCCCUAAAGUGUCUCUCUCUCCCAAGUUGGAAAACCCCUAUAAAUAGAUGUCUUGGUCAUCUUUGUUAACCCACACCACUACAAAUCUCUCCCUUAGCUCACUUUAAAUCCCACAUUUAGUUAGAAGCAGAAAGAAACUUAAUAAGUUAAAAAUGGAGAAUAUGGGAGUUAGAGUGAUAGAGCCAUUGAUAAUGGGAAGAGUGGUAGGAGAUGUUCUUGAUUUCUUCACUCCAACAAUUAAAAUGAAUGUGAGCUACAACAAGAAUCAAGUCUCCAACGGCCAUGAGCUUUUGCCUUCCUCUGUCUCCUCCAAGCCUAGGGUUGAGAUCCAUGGUGGUGAUCUCAGAUCCUUCUUCACCUUGGUGAUGAUAGACCCUGAUGUUCCAGGUCCUAGUGACCCCUUUCUAAAAGAGCACCUGCAUUGGUACGAUCAUUUUCGUUUGUCGUUUCAUUUUGGGCCAAUAUUCAAUAUGUAUUUCAUGAGAAUUUUUAACCCUAAUGAUGUUUUUGUUUUUUUUGUCUCUCGACUGAUUUUAUAUGAACUUGAGUUAUUUUGGUCAAAAUCUCUUCCAUCACAACACGGGGAUUUCCCUAAACUUUUUAGUAGAAAGAUAAAGAAAUUAAUUCUUGUAAAUGUUGUUUUUUCUUGUAAAUGUUUAAACAGGAUAGUAACAAACAUCCCCGGUACAACCGAUGCUACAUUUGGAAAAGAGGUGGUGAGCUAUGAGUUGCCAAGGCCUAGCAUAGGGAUACACAGGUUCGUGUUUGUUCUGUUCAAGCAGAAGCAAAGACGUGUUAUCUUCCCAAACAUUCCUUCGAGAGAUAACUUCAACACUCGAAAAUUUGCGAUCGAGUAUGAUCUUGGUCUUCCUGUCGCUGCUGUCUUCUUUAACGCCCAGAGAGAAACUGCAGCUCGAAGACGUUAAUCACGUUUAUGCCUAUCAAAUGCAAAAACCAAAAAUUAAUAAAAUGUUUAUUUCUGUUCUAAAUAAUUAGCCAUGUUUGUUUUUAUGUUCUGAAUUUCUGUACUUUGAAUAAAGACUGACAAAAAUGAGUUGAAUCCGACAAAGUGUAAUCUUUAUUAGAACAUGAUUUAUUGUAAAAAAAAAAAAACAUGAUUUAUUGUAUACACAGUAUACAGUAAACCCUUAUUUAUGGUUUAAUAGGUCACGUCGAGUUGAUUUAGCUUGUUCUUAUAUGAUAUAUGAUAAACGUGGAAACAGAAGAAAAAAUUAUAAAAAGACAAAUAACUUUUAGUUCUUUGGUCAAAUUGACAAGAGUUUGAUGACCGCCUAAAACUGGACGCUUCUUCUCUCUCGGCGAACGUGAUAUAUCAUCAGUUCAUAUUUUUUUUUUGAAUGACUGUUAAAUUUAUUCAGAUCAGAAAAACUUUUUUACAAUUUGUGUGACUUGGUUUUGUGAAAAAUAAUAACUCAAAACUACUGAAACUUCUUCCAGAUAUCUAUCGUGAAGCAAACCAUAUCUAUUCAUAUCAUAUAUAUGUUCAGUGUUUGAUAUUUUGAAAAUGUAUAUACAAAUAUAUACGUUGAUGCUAGUGCAAACUUGUGUAUAUUUUGAAAAUGGGUAUAUGUAGUGAAUUUAUCCAAGGUCCUAGUACAAUAGUUUUUUUUUUUUUUUUUUUUUGAUAAUCUCCUAGUACAAUAGUUUUCUUUCAAUAUCGUGUUUUUAGUUUUAUUGGGUAUUAUGUCACUAUUAUGCCUAAGUAACGUGCAUGGUAUAAGGGACGUAUAAUUUCAACUGAUCAAAUGAAGUAGCGGUUAUUUUGCAAAAAAAAAAAAAAACAAGUAGCGGUGACAACGCAAUUACAAAAUUAGAAUCAUAAAAUGCUUUAAAAAAGAAAAAAAUAUAUAUAUAUAUAUAUAUAAUAAUGGUUAUAUAUAUGUAAAGUUUCUACUAAUUCCACGUAAAGAUUAAUUUACAUCUACAUCCAGUGUUCAAAUAAAGAAAAGAAAUAUUAAAAUGGAUUGGCCAUUUUGGGUCAUUGGGUGCAUAGUAGUACUGCGGCAUAGAUAUGAUUACCUCAUGUUGAAGAGAUGCAAGUGGGAGAAAUUACUUUCAACGGUACACUCAAGAAAGACAACGUGUUGUUAAAUGAGUGGUUUGCAACUAAGUACUGGUACACGUAUCCUCAACCCAUAGCAACUACUUCUCUACAUGUAUAUUCGCUAUCAUAUCAACAAAUCUAGCAAACUAUUACUACUUUAUUUGGACUUUGUUAGAUUACUAUAUAGUUUGGAUUCUUGUUUAUGAAUAAAAUAUUAAGGGUAUCUCCAACAUUAACACUAAAUUUGGUGUUGAAAUUACACCAAAUUUGGUGUUUUGGUGUCAAUGUUUUUUAUCAUCUUCAACAAUAACACCAAAUCUUACACCAAAAACAAUAUUAUAUAUUAUUUGAUGUUUUCAGUUUUAAAUUUUUUAUAUUUCUAUUAUUUGUAAUUGAUAAAUAAUGAUUUUGUUAUAUCUAGAUUAUAUUUAUAUUUUAUUAUUUGUAAGUGAUAAAUAAUAAUAAUUAUUUACUAAUUUAUUUUGAAUAUAAUAAUAAAAUAAAAUAAAAAUUUUAAUUAUAUGAAAAUAAAUUAAAAAUAUAAAUAAUAUAAUAUUAUUUAUGUUUAAUUACAAAUUUGAUAGUAACUGAUCUAUAUUAUUAAAUGAAACACAUUAAAAUGUAUUUUAGAAAUUUUGUGUAAUAAAUAUUAUCACACCAAAUGUGAAAACAAAUUUAAAACAAAAAUAAUACAAUAUAUUUAUGUUUAAUUACAAAUUUGAUAGUAAUUAAAUUAUAUUUUUAAAUGAAACAUAUUAAAAUAUGUAUUUUAAAUAUUUGGUGUGAUGAAUAGUGUUACACCAAAUUUGGUGUAAAACUAGUCACAAUACACCAAAUUUGGUGGAAUAGUGUCAAAUUUGGUGUCUUGUUGGAGAUGAAAUCACACCAAAUUUUGUGUUUUGGUGUCUUGUUGGAGAUGACGUAGAUAGUAUAUCAUCUUCAUUCACCAUAUGAUUAAGGGUGAUGAUACGAAGUAGAUUUUAAUUCAGUUUUGGACCUCUUGGUAUGAAAAAAAUACUGGUUUUGUUUGCAAUUUUGCAUGUGUAAGUCAGUGUUCAACAUUUUAUAUAACUUUUUGUAAAAAAUAGUUUUUAAUCGGCUUUUCUGCCAAAUCCAUUUUUCAAAAAAAAAAAUCAUCUUUUCAGCCUCGAUUAGCUAAUGAAUCACCUUUAUAAAUAAAAGAAAGAUGUUUAAUACUACAUCCAUUUCAUAAAGAUAGACUUUUUAGUAUUUUUAUAUAUAUUAAGAAAACACAUUAAACUACCAUAAUAAAUGUAUCCUUUUUUGUAAUUUUCAAUUUUCAAUAACUUUAAAUCAAUAGUAAUUCAAUAAAGUCAAUUAAUUUUCUCGAAGUUUAUAAUUUUUUUCAUAGAAACACACAAAAAUAGAUAUUUGUGAAUCAAACUUUUUUUUAAAAAAGUUUAUCUUAAUAGAACGGAUAAAAUGUCUAUUUCUUAAGAAAUUAAUUAUCAUAAGUAUAAUAAAUAGUUUAAGAGCUAGAAUGGAUAAGAAUACCUACAAAUGUGUCAUAACAAAUCUCAUGCAUGCAAUUAUUGUUUUCAAGACUUUAGAUAAGUAUUUACACAGUACACCUACGUCGGUAAAUGAUUCACUACCAAAUCAAGGGGAUGCAGAGACUUUAGUAUUUGCCUGAAAAAGAGACUGAACUAUACGUUACAUAGAGUGUUAGGGUAUCAGUAAGAGUGGAAGACCUCUGUUGUGUUUAGCCACUUAUGGUUAUUUUCAUAGCUAGAUCUUUUUCAAGAUAAAACAUCUUUCAAUAGUAUGUUUAUUUGUAUAAGGACCGGCCCUCUUUUGUUGUUCAAAUCAACGCGUGCUCUGUUCCAUCCCUGGUUUUACUGAACAUUUGCUUCAUCUAAAUAUAUUUGUCAUUUGCCAAAAAUUGUACCAGUGUUAAGUGUUUGGAUAUGAAUCGUUUUUUUUUUUUUUUUUUUGCUAAAAAGGUUAAUAUCAUAAAUGAAGUGGUUAGGUUACAAAAUUGCUUCCUAUACAAAUGAUUACUUGGCAAAAAAAAAAAAAAACAAGAAAUCAUUAGUGUUGAACUAGGAAUGGAUAAUCAGGCUAAGAUUAGAUCAGCCAUUUAGCCAUAAGGUUUCGGAACCGUCGUUAAUAUCAUAAUCAGGAUAUGAAUCGUUUUGAACUUCGCUUAUAUAUGGGUCGGGUCAUAGACCUAAAAAUGUUAGCUAACGUUUUUCCUUAAGACAUAUGAAUUCGGUACACAUAAAUCACAUCAUUCAAAUCGCACAUUGAUUAAGAAAAAUAUAUCUACCGGUACAUAGAUCUACAAGUACACUGCGAAAUAUUCAAUUUCACCGGUACGAAACCGCAAACCUUGUGAUUAACCAGCAGUGCAAAUAACUAGCCGCCAACUUCGGUUUAGGACGAAUCUCAAGGACAAACCAACAUGCAAUAACCUUGCGAUUAAAAGAGACGACCUGCCAUGUUUCAUGUAAUAACAAAGAAAAAAGAAGAAGAAAGGGACAUACUAUCCCUUGGACCAAGUCCACUGGUCCGCAUCAACACAAACAUUACACUUUUAGGGGUUUGUAAUAUAUAAACGCUGUCUAAAUUUGAUUGGUUUACGUGUCGUAGAAUCGUGCCAGGCCCCUCUCAAGAAUUAUGUGAAGGUUUAACAUAUCCUCGUAUUGUUUUGGAAUUGGCGAGUUUUGAAUGUGCUUCAGAUAUAUUAUACACUCACAAUAAACAAACAACAUAUAUAAAGCGAAGAGUAUAUGCAUUUACGCAUGAAUAAUACGCAGAAUGUGCUACCAGUGUUAAAAAAAAAUCCUUUUUUUAUUAAAAAAUUCUUAGUCCCUUC